AUGGAGCUCUCGAUGACCUUGGCCGUCGCCAUGCUCCUCCUCCUUCUCCUGCCUCUACUCUGGUCACGUCGAGAAACCAGGAAGCAGACUAGCGCCGACGGCCUCAAGGCCUACCCCAUCAUUGGCACCCUUCCGCACUUCGUCAAGAACCAGGACCGCCUCAUCGAGUGGUCGGCCGGCGUUAUCAGCCGUUGCCCCACUCACACCAUGUUCUUCAACUUCAAAGGCAUCGGUCUCAUGGCUGGCGCCAUCACUGCAAACCCGGCCAAUGUGGAGUACAUCGCCAAGACCAACUUUCGUAACUACCCCAAGGGUGAGUCUGUGGUGUCUGCUAUGGAAGACUUCCUCGGCCACGGCAUCUUCAACUCGGACGGCGACCAGUGGCUUUGGCAGCGCAAGGCCUCCAGCUACGAGUUCAGCAAGCGCUCGCUGAGAAGCUUCGUGGUCAGCACUGUCCGGUUUGAAGUGUUGGAGCGGUUGCUGCCGCUGCUCUCCCGGGCAGAGCUAGAUGGCCUGACGCUAGACGUGCAGGAUGUUCUCGAGCGCUUCGCAUUCGACAACAUCUGCUGCAUAGCCUUCGGCGAGGACCCGGCGUGCCUCACCGAGGAGGGCUUGGGAUCGAGUGGGCAUGCAGAGUUCAUGCAUGCCUUCAACGACGCGCAGAUCAUCAUCAUGGAUCGGCUCGUGUCGCCUGUCAAAUGGGCAUGGCGGAUCAAGAAACUACUCAACAUGGAGCCAGAGAGGCGGAUGAGCGAGGCGCUAGCCACGAUCCACAGCUACGUCAACAAGAUUGUCCGUGAACGUAGCGAGAGGGGAGAAGCCAGGUUGGCGCACAAGGAUGACUUCAUGUCGCGCUUUGUCUCAAGAGGCGAGCACAGCGACGAGAGCCUUCGUGAUGCGGUCACCAACUUCAUCCUAGCCGGGCGGGACACGACCUCAUCGGCGCUCACUUGGUUCUUGUGGAUGUUGUCCGGCCAUCCCGGUGUGGAGGACAAGAUCGUGCACGAGAUAUCCGCAUUGCGGGCAUCCAGCGGGAGCAAGGAUGCGACAUUCAGCUUCGACGAGCUGCGUGAGAUGCACUACCUGCACGCGGCAAUCACGGAGUCUAUGCGGCUAUACCCACCCGUGCCCAUAGAAUCGCGUUGGUGCCAGCACGACGACGUCCUGCCUGACGGCACAUUUGUGGGCAAAGGUUGGAAGAUCUACUACAGUUCUUACGCCAUGGCACGGUUAGAGGAGAUAUGGGGCAGCGACUGCGCGGAGUACCAACCGGAGCGGUGGCUGGACGACGAGGGCGUGUUCCGGCCAGAGAGCUCGUUCAAGUACCCCAUCUUCCACGCUGGGCCGAGGAUGUGCCUCGGCAAGGAGAUGGCCUACAUACAGAUGAAGUCCAUCGUCGCAUGCGUGUUGGAGAGGUUCAGCUUCCAGUUCGUUGGAGGCGAGGGGCGGCCAGGGCUUGUGCUCUCGGUGACCUUACGGAUGGAGGGCGGCUUGCCGAUGCAAGUGAAGAAGAGAGGGCACUAA